AUGGAUUUCGUCUACACAAAACGAAGUCGGAAUAGUGCUCUUAUCGAAAAGGACGAAAUUAUUUUGUGGCGUAGACGAUAUUUGCAGAAUAUUAAAAAAUAUCGUGAAGAAGGACGGCAUUUGUACUAUCUGGAUGAGACAUGGGUGAACGCAGGUGACUGUACAAGCAAGACCUGGGUAGAUAAUACAAUUAAAUCGUACCGUCACGCAUUUGUACAAGGUCUCACGACAGGCUCACAAAAUCCAUCUGGUAAGGGCAAGAGGCUCAUUGUUCUCCACAUCGGGUCGGAAGACGGUUUUGUACCUGGUGGGCUAUUGUGUUUCGAAGCAAAAAAAACCAAUACUGACUAUAAUGAGGAGAUGAAUGGUAACACAUUUUUCAAGUGGAUGGAAAGCAUAAUACACCGACUCAAGGAGAACUGUGUCAUUAUAAUGGACAACGCCCCAUAUCAUUCGGUGAAGUGUGAAAAAAUUCCAAAUAAAUCAACUCGCAAAGGCGAUAUAAUUAAAUGGUUAGAGGAAAAGGGCGAAGUGAUUGAUAGGCCAAUGGUAAUUACCGAGUUAUUAGAAAUAGUUAACCGAAUUAAACCAAUGCACGACAAGUAUGCUAUAGAUGAGCUGGUCAAAACUCACAACCGUACUAUUUUAAGACUCCCGCCAUAUCACUGUGAGUUGAAUCCUAUUGAACUGGCUUGGUCUUCAGUCAAAAAUCACGUUAAAAUGAACAACACCACCUACAAAUUAAGUAACGUAAAACAAUUGUUGAUGGAAGGCAUUGAAAAAGUUGACGACACCAUGUGGAAAAAUUUCAUUUCUCACACAACAUCAGUGGAAGACAAGUUUUAUGAGGUUGACUUCCUCAUUGACGAAGUGUUGAGCGCAGAAUUACAACCCACAGUACUGACCUUAGGGAAUACGUCUUCGGAUUCUGAAGAAUCAAAUUAG